AGUACAGUAUGUGGCAUUAUCAAGCUUUCAAGAUGAUGAAAUUUACAUUAUUUUUUGCCUUAGUAUAUCAGAUUGCUCAGAUUACUCAAGGGUUUGUAACAUUCAGUGGAAUCAAUAAUCUAAUUUGGACCCCACCAGGUUGUGUAGCAUGUUACCAAAUUGAAGGCAACAACUAUUUUCAAAGUUUAAGCAAAUUGAGACCUCACUGUGCAGAUAAAGAAAUUAAUGACUACAAUGGAGUACAGAGCAAGUUCUUCCUCCACCAUAUUUGUGAAUAUCAGACUGGAACUGGAUUUAGUGACAAAUACAAAGCUCUUCAAAAGCAUGGGAACUUGAUUUUACAAAAAUUUCAAAAAUGCUUCAGUAGAAAACUCCCAUCAGUUGUAAGAAGAAAACUAGAAGACUUUACAUUUGAAUUUGAAAAUGCAAGGAAAAGAUGUGAAAAUGAAAAAUUUAUGGAAAGUAAGUCUGAAUUUAACACAUCAAACUUGAAAAAAAUAAUUUUUGAUACCAACCAAUCUAUUUUUAGAGGGGUUGAAAGGCAUACGUCAAAUUUACUCUGAACCACAAUCUAUACCUCUUCAAAAUCAUAAAAGAAUUCACAAACCAAAGAAUCCUACAACAGUGGAAUACAGUGAAAUUAUGCAAGCACCCACAUCCCCCAUUAUUGAAAAUGAGGCGAACAUGACUUAUCUAGCACCUGUAGCUCCCAUAGAAGACUUGAAAGAUGAAUUUGAAGAUCAACCUGCAUCACUAACUGAUGAAGCAGCGAGAUUAGAUGAAGCAAAGAAUGAAGAAAUUAUUUCAGAUCAUGAUUCUACUCUAAUUGAAAAUGUUGAUCCAGCACUUUUAGAGCCUUCUACUGAGGAGCAAAUUGAGGAUCAGUCUAUAUUACCAACUAAUGAUGAAUUAGUAAAUCAAGUCAAGGGAAAAAAAUUGAAUGCAGAAAAUGAUCUUACUCCAGUUGAAAAUGCUAAUUCAACACCCACAACAUCUGAAGAGAGACUUGUAGACCAUGUAGCAUCUUUAGCUGCUGGAACCUCAGAGGAUCAAGCCCAAGAUGAGGGGAUUGCUCUAGAUAAUUCUGCUCCUGGCGAGAAUGUUGAUACCACUCUUGCACAAGAUCACAUAGAAAACCCUGCAUCUCCGAUUGAUGAUAUGUCAGAGAGUCUAGUACAGGAUAAAGAAAUUACUUCAGAUAAUGCUUUUACUUCCAGUGAGAAUAUUGAUAAUACUCUUACACAAGAUUCUACAGGAAAACUGGAAGAUCAAUCCGCAUCUCCAAUUGAUAAUAUAACAGAAGGUCAAGUUCAGGAUGAAGAAAUUACUUCAGAUAAUGCUUCUACUCCUACUGAGACUGCUAAUGCUGAUAUUAAAGAAGAUUCUGAAGAAAAGCUAGAAAAUCAAUCUACAUCUCCAAUUAAUGAGGUAACAGAGAGUCAAGUACAGAAUGAAAAAAUUACUUCAGAUAAUGCCUCUACUCCUGCUGAGACCACUGAUGCUGAUGUUCAAGAUGAAGAAAUUACUUCAGAUAAUGCUUCUACUCCCACUGAGAUUGCUAAUGCUGAUAUUAAAGAAGAUUCUGAAGAAAAGCCAGAAAAUCAAUCUACAUCUCCAAUUAAUGAGGUAACAGAGAGUCAAGUACAGGAUGAAGAAAUUACUUCAGAUAAUGCUUCUACUCCUGCUGAGACUGCUGAUGCCGAUGUUCAAGAUGAAGAAAUUACUUCAGAUAAUGCUUCUACUCCUACUGAGAAUACUGAUGCUAAUACCAUGAAAGAUUCUAAAGAAGAGCUGGAAGAUCAAUCUGCAUCUCCAAUUAAUGAUAUAUUAAAGGGUCCAGCACAGGAUGAAGAAAUUACUUCAGAUAAUGUUUUUACUCCCAGUGAGAAUAUUGAUAACACUCUUGCACAAGAUUCUAUAGGAAAACUGGAAGAUCAAUCUAUAUCUCCAAUUGAUAAUAUAAUAGAAGGUCAAAUUCAGGAUGAAGAAAUUACUUCAGAUAAUACCUCUACUCCUACUGAGACUGCUGAUGCUGAUGUUCAAGAAGAUUCUGAAGAAAGGCCAGAAAAUCAAUCUACAUCUCCAAUUAAUGAGGUAACAGAGAGUCAAGUACAGGAUGAAAAAAUUACUUCAGACAAUGCCGCUACUCCUGCUGAGACUGCUAAUGCUGAUGUUCAAGAUGAAGAAAUUACUUCAGAUAAUGCUUCUACUCCUUCUGAGAAUACUGAUGCUAGUACUAUGAAAGAUUCUAAAGAAGAGCUGGAAGAUCAAUCUGCAUCUCCAAUUGAUAACAUAACAGAGGGUCAAGUUCAGAAUGAAGAAAUUACUUCAGAUAAUGCUUCUACUCCUACUGAGACUGCUGAUCCUGAUAUUAAAGAAGAUUCUAAAGAGAUGGCAGAAAAUCAAUCUACAUCUCAAAUUGAUAACGUAAUAGAGGAUCAAGUACAGGAUGAAGAGAGUACUUCAGAUAAUACCUCCACUCCUACUGAAACUGCUGAUGCUGAUGUUCAAGAUGGAGAAAUUACUUCAGAUAAUGUUUCCACUCCUAUUGAGAAUACCGAUGCUAAUAUUAUAAAAGAUUCUGAAGAAAAACUGGAAGAUCAAUUAGUACCUCCAAAUGAUAAUAUAUUGGGGGGUCAAGUUCAAGAUGAAGAAACUAUUUCAGAUAUUGCUUCUACUCCUACUGAGAAUACUGUUGCUAAUACUAUGAAAGAUUCUGAAGAAAAGCUGGAAGAUCAAUCUGCAUCUCCAAUUAAUAUAUUAGAGAGUCCAGCACAGGAUGAAGAAAUUACUUCAGAUAAUGCUUCUACUCCUUCUGAGAAUACUGAUGCUAGUACUAUGAAAGAUUCUAAAGAAGAGCUAGAAGAUCAAUCUGCAUCUCCAAUUGAUAACAUAACAGAGGGUCAAGUUCAGAAUGAAGAAAUUACUUCAGAUAAUACCUCUACUCCUACUGAGACUGCUGAUGCUGAUGUUCAAGAUGGAGAAAUUACUUCAGAUAAUGUUUCCACUCCUACUGAAACUACUGAUGCUGAUGUUCCAGAUGAAGAAAUUACUUCAGAUAAUGUUUCCACUCCUAUAGAGAAUACUAAUGUUGAUAUUGUAAAAGACUCUGAAAAAAACCUGGACAAUCAAUCAGCAUCUCCAAUUGAUGAUAUAUUAGAGGAUCAAGUUCAAGAUGAGGAAAUUACUUCAGAUAAUACUUCUAAUCCUAGUGAGAAUGUUGAUACCUCUAUUACAGAAGGUUCUAAAGAAAAAUUAGAAGAACAAUCUGCAUCUCCAACUGAUGGCAUAGUAGAGGACCAAGUCCAGGAUAAAGAAAUCACUCUAGCAGAAAAUGUUGAUGCAAAGCAAACAGAUGAUACAUCUAUAGUAAAUGAUACAAAGAAAGAAAUGGUUUCAAGUAAUUCAGCUGAGAAUUUAAAUCCAACAAUCCCGGAGCCUUUUGAAGAAAAGCUUGAGCAACAACCUACAUUACUCAAAGAUGUUGGUUCAUUGCCAAUAGAAGCAUCUAAGAGUGAGUCAUUACCAUCAAGUGCAGAUACUAAUACUUCAUUAGAUCAAGUAAAGAAUGAGGAAAUCAUUCCAGACUCAAUGUCUACAAUUACAGAAGCCUCAGAAGAAAAGCUUAAGGAUGAAUCUGCAUUACUAGCUACCAACUCUGACCUUCCAGAUGAUUCUGGCAAGAAUUUUGAUUUGGAAGACCAAGUUCAAAAUGAAGAAGUAGUAUCUGAUCAUUCAUCCAUUUCUACUAUAAAGGAUCAAUUAGAGCCCUCAGCAAUUGAUUAUUCCCCUAAGGACGAUUCAACUCUUUCCACUGAUGAUUCUUUAAAACAAAAUGUUGGGGGAAAAACAGAUGCACAUGUUAAAAUUGUAGAUAAACGUAUUCCUCAAAGUACAAAUGCUCUCCCAGAUAAGCACACCCAGGAGCUUUUAACAAAUGACAACUCUCUAGAAAACCUUCCUGAAGUUGAGGGGAAAACUAUAACUCCUGAAAUCAUCACAGAAACUGAACCAAGUAACUCUUUACUAGAAGGUCAACUUGGAUUAGAAAACUCUGAUGAAACUUCAAUAGAGAAUGAGAAUAAACCAUCAGAAUCACCUUCAAAUGUUGAAAAAAAUGAAAAUGAAACUGAUGAUGACACAAUAGGCAACCCUUCAAACAACAAUGCCUUAGAAAAUUUAUCUGAAACUGGUAAUGUAAAUUCCUUUCCUAAAGAUGGUCUAGAAGACAAUCAAGAAAACUUGGCCAAUGGAAUUGAAAGCAGUGCUGGUAUCUUAGACACUAAUACACCUAUAACUGAUGCAAGUGAUCAUAGCAACUAUGAUUCAAGUGACACACAAAAGAUUGAUCAUAAUGAAACAAUUUCCUCACCACUAUCUUCAGAAAAUUCCAAUGAAGCAAAAAAUGUGAGUCAAGGACUGGAUCAUCUUAUUCAGAAUGAUUUACCCACCUCUGAAAAAUCUAAAAAACUUGACCCAGUUUCUGAACCUGAACCAAAUAAUGUACUCCAAGAAACACCUACCAACCUAGUUUCUGAUGAAUCAAAGGCCCAGAUACCUACCACAUCAUCAAAUAAUCACUCCUUAACCCCAAAUUCUUCAAAGAACCAGCCCACACUUCAAGAUGAUGUGUCUUUAGAAGCUGAAUCAACUCCCAAACAGACGACUCAUUCAAAAACUCCUGACAAUAAAACAAAAGGACCUAAAGAUGUACAGCAAAAUCAAUCUACAGCCCAAGAUACAAUCAAAGGUAGAAAAGAUGAAUUGAAUGAUGGUUACUCAAUUGAUCACAAUACUAUUGAAAAAUUAAUUGAGUCUCAAAAUGAAGAAGAUGGUCAUCUUGAGAUUUAAAAUAAAGACGAUCCUCUAGAUGCAAUAAAUACAUAUAUUUGGUAAUCUUUAUGCCUAUUUAGAUUUUAUAUCUGCAGUUUGUCAACUCAUACAUAUAUUCUAUUCUUAUUCAUUAAAAUCUCGUUAAUACA